AACCGGUACUAGCACGAAAGUGAAUUUUGUGUUACUUUUCUAUCCAAACUCUAUAUCCACAGAUAAGUGCAUAGAUUUGGAAGCAGAAUCAUUUUGAUUUUGAAAUUGUUAUGAUAGUUAGGCUUUGUGCAGUCUUCUGGGCAGGAGUUUAGCUUGCAGUGGUUGGAAGCGGGGGCAAUGUCACUAUUCAGUGAAUUUAUCGCGACCGCUGAUUUGAGUGGCGAAUUUUAGUUUAUAUUAAAAUUUCGAGUGCAGAUCAUGUAAAUAAACGCGCGAGACAGACGAUCUUCAAGUGAAAUUGGCUUGCGAUGUCGUCACCCUCUGUACUUUGUGCCGUCGUAAGAAAAGGAUAUACGAAAAUAGAAUAUGAACGGCGAAUUUAUGCCUCGCGUGUAUGUGCUAUGUAUACGCAUUUUAGCGACAUUUCGGCCACCGAGGCAGCUUCCUUUCAGUCUUCUCUACCACAUGUAUGGCUUUAAAUAAUAAGCCAGCAUAGAACACCAAAGCUGAUGCACGCCAAGAUAUUCGGGAAGAUAUCAUUAGUCGCGUAUAUCGGUCGCGUGUACGCGUUUCUUGGAUUCGAGUACUAAAUGUAAUUUCUUUUCAAAUCCUCCGAUCUUAUUUGCGGUAUCUCACGUUACGCAGAUGGUAGUGCGUGUGCUGGUCGUGUUGAUUGCGGAAAGGAUUACUCACUGGCAUGUAAUUCUGGUUAGUUGGUCUGCUAGGCGAAGUGUGAUAUUAGUGCACAAUAGUGAGGUGAUGAAUGCAUAAUUUAUGUGGAGAAAGGUGUUAGUAGUUUGUAAGUGAUUAGUGGUGGUUUUGUUCAUUGUCGGGACCAAGGAAUCGCCUGAAAAUCUACUGUAACCUCUUUCCUUAAAACAUAUCAGUAUUAAUAAUCUUAAGUAAUCGGUUUUGGCUGCAAUUGUGUAAAUUGUCUAAACAGACAAUCUCAAAAAGUCCGUGAGCAUAAAGCUAAGCAUAACUAUCUCCGCAAACAAUGGAGUUAAUCAAAGCAAAGUAAAUCCAGCAAAAAUGCAAGUUCUACAAUAUUAUUAAGGUGCAGGCAGUAAUGCAGUUCACAACCAGUGAAAAGUAAUCAGUGAUCCCUCCGUUUGGUUCUUGAUCAAAAUUUAAUUGAGGCUAGUGCUAAUUGCUAUAUCGAUCAAUAUGUGUUCAUCAAAGGUGAAAGUAUCAGUGAUUAUAAUAAUCAUAACCUUCUGUAUAGUAUCUAUAAAUUAUGCUAGUACAACAUCCUUAUCUUCGCUGACGAUAAGCGACGAACCAGUGAAUAAUUAUUUGCGGCAAAAUGAUGGCCAUUCAAAUGGUUUCCGAUCCAUAGAUCAGCGUGUCUCGAGUGAAUUUCAAAGUGAUGAACAAGUGCGAACUGAUAAGGGCAACAGUAAUAAACCUAACAAGAAAGGCGGAUCAAAGAAGUCAAAAAACGGCAAUCGAUCACAGAAGAAAGGUCGAGGGAACCGCAAAGGACGAGGCGGCGGGGGAGAUGAGAACAGCAAAUCAGGACGGAGUCAACGGCAGAAGGCGAGCAAAAAUGCCUUACGACUUUUGUCUCGAGUUGCAGACAACAUUGAAGGCGGUGGUGCGUUCCCACCACUGUCGAAUAUUGCACCCAGAGCAGUAGCUAGCGUGAAUGCAACUUGUGGACUGAAUGGACAUGAGGAGUAUUGCAAAUUAGUGGAUUCGCUACCACAGAAAACUUGGGAGACACAAUGCGGCAUAUGUGAUAAUCACAGUCUCGACUCGAAUAAGAGGCAUCCAAUCGAAGCAAUCUUGAAUAAUACAAACAUGUGGUGGCAGAGCCCCACAUUGCAGUACGGAAAGCAGAAUGAAUUUGUAACGAUCACACUGGAUUUGCGGCAGGUAUAUCAGGUAUUUUUCAUUAUGCUGAAAGCUGCUAUUUCACCACGACCGGCAUCUUGGAUCCUUGAGCGAUCAAUGGAUAACAUUACAUACGAACCAUGGCAAUACUUUGGCAUAAGUGAUGUUGAUUGCCGCCGUCGCUACGGGAUUCCUGGACAAACCGGAAAAUAUGUUUUCCAAUUUGACACCGAAGUUAUCUGCACCACACAAUUCUCUAAGCCAAUGCCCUUAGAAAAUGGUGAAGUCCACAUAUCGUUGCUCAAAAAUCGCCCAGGAGCCACUGAUCAGUCAGAAGAACUCAUGCAAUUUAUAACAGCGCGGUUUAUUCGAAUCCGAUUCCAAGGGAUGCACUCAACAGCGAAUUCGGAUAACAGCGUAGGGUGGCUGUUAGACGCUGAUUCGCUGAAGAAACGAAGCUUUUAUUCAGUGAAAUUGGUUAGGGUGAGUGGAAGAUUGAAUUGCAAUGGUCAUGCAUCCAAGACUAUAGAAUUAGAGAAUGCAGACGGCGAAAUAAUGCAACAAUGCGUUUGCUUGCAUAAUACAUGUGGACAGUACUGUGACCAUUGCUGCCCGUUGUACAAUGACCAACCAUUUCGCCAAGGUACGCUGAGGGAAGAAAACAUAUGCAAGCAAUGCGAGUGUAACGGAUUCGCCAACACAUGCUUUUUCGAUAAUUCUUCAUCAGUAAUGGGAGGAGUAUGCCAAAACUGUACACACUUCACGACAGGCGAGCACUGUGAAAAAUGCAUGUCAGGUUACUAUAGACCACCCAACACUAUGCUAGACUCGAGUGAACCUUGUGUGAAGUGUGAAUGCAACUCCACCGGCUCGACAGGCGAAUGUGAUCCUGAGAGCGGAGUGUGUGUUUGCCGAGAAGGUUUUUCAGGGCUACGGUGCGAUGAAUGCUUGCCAGGAUUUAAAGGUAGCGAUUGUGUUGGUUGCACUUGUGACAGUCGAGGGACAGUCCCAGGCGGUGAAUGUGACGACCCCUGCGAAUGCAAACUCUACGUGGAGGAUGAGACCUGCUCGACCUGUGCUCCUGGAUAUUUUGGAUUACGAGCUGAAAAUCCUGAUGGUUGCCUGAAAUGCUUUUGCUCAGGAGUUGCCGUUACUUGUAGGAGUUACGAAAUGGAGAUGACUUCCUUCGAAACAUUGGAUGCAUGGAAAGUCACCGAUAUCACCAAAACUAUUGUAGCCUAUCCUACGAGAGAUAAUGACACCGGAAAUUUGGUUUUUGGAAUGUACGAAAUGCCUGACGUGGAAGCAGUAUAUUGGCUUGCUCCGAAAAGCUAUGCAGGAAACCGUUUGGAAAGCUACGGAUCGUCGCUUGUGGUACAGGCCAGCUGGGUGGUCAUUCGUGGAGAUACUAGCGGAAAACCCACAUCUGGUCCGAACAUUAUUCUCAUCGGAAAAAACGGAGCCAAAAUUGCCUACGCAGAUGAAGAAUUCCAGGAAUAUGGUGCGACCAUAAGGAUUCCUUUAACCGAAAAAGGUUGGUACCAUGUACCAAAAACCGUUAAAGAUAUCGUCACUCGUCUUCGGCGAACGGAAUAUCGAGGCGAUCCCGUCACUCGGAUGCAGUUCAUGUCAGUUUUAAGUGAUGUAGAAACUGUCAUGAUACGGGGAACAUAUCAUACGGACCAAGUCGAAAGCAUACUUGAACGCGCAACGUUAUAUGCAGGCAGUGAAAUUGAGGAGCAUGAGUGGAGCCUGGUGGAAGAAUGUCAGUGUCCUCCCGGAUACUCGGGGCUGUCAUGUGAGACAUGCACCUUUGGAUAUGUUCGAAUUUAUGAAAAUUCAACGACCCAUGAGCUGAUUGGAAAAUGCAUUCCGUGCGGCUGUAAUGGCCAUUCUGCCUCUUGCGACUUGGAAAGUGGCCAAUGUGGGGAAUGUACCCAUAAUACAUUUGGAGAAACGUGUGAACGUUGCAAGAUGGGAUAUUACGGAAACGCUAUGCAUGGAACUUCUUCAGAUUGUAAACGAUGCGCCUGUCCACGUCUUGAAGAAAGCAACAACUUCUCACCAAGUUGUCAGCUGAAAAGACUUAGUUUAGAUACGAAUCAGUACGAACUGGAUAGUGACGAAGACUAUGUUUGUACCCAGUGUCCUGAUGGUUACAUAGGCGAUCAUUGUGAACAAUGUGACGAUGGAUACUAUGGGGAUCCAAUGGUUAUCGGAUCACAAUGUCUUCCUUGUUCCUGCAGUGGCGGCCCAUGUGAUCCAGUUACCGGGGAAUGUAUAACAUGCCUCGGAAAUACAGAAGGCUGGCGUUGUGAGCGGUGUCAGAUGGGAUUUUGGGGUGACCCAACUGCAGUAUGUGAGCCAUGUAAUUGCAACCUAGUGGGAUCCAGUAGCAACGUAUGCAAUCCGGAAACAGGACAGUGUCCGUGUCGUGAACGAUUUACGGGUCAAAAGUGUAACGAAUGUGAACGCGGUUUUGCAAAAUCCUCCGUCGGAAAAUUCGAAUGCGUUCCAUGUGAGUGCAAUGUGAAUGGAUCAGUGGAUUCAUGGUGCGACCCGGGAGACGGGCAAUGCGUGUGUAAAGUUGGUGUCGUGGGGCUUAAAUGUGAUGAAUGUCAAGAGGAAUUUUACGGAUUGACAGCGGCUGGAUGCGAGGAAUGUCGCUGCAGCAUUUCAGGAUCAACCGGAAAAGGAUGCAAUCGGCUCACCGGCCAGUGCGAUUGCCUACCUAAUGUUACCGGACAGCGGUGCAACAUGUGCCAAUUCGGUUACUGGAAUAUGACAUCGAAAGUGGGUUGCCAAAGAUGUGAAUGUAGCCCAUUAGGAUCACGUGAUAACAUUUGCGAUUCCGUAACAGGCCGCUGUGUUUGCAAACCUGGUGUUGAAGGUUAUCGUUGCGACCGAUGUAUGGAAGGAUUCUACGGUCUGUCGAACCAAGGUUGCCUUCCAUGUGAUAAGUGCGCAUCGGAUGGUUACAUUUGUGACAUCGUGACUGGCGGAUGCAUUUGUCCACCAAAUACAAAAGGACCAGAUUGUCAACAUUGUCAACCGAACACAUGGAACUGGCAACCAAAGAAAGGAUGCCAGUCUUGUGAUUGCGAUGGACUCGGCUCUAUUGGACAAACUUGUGAUACUCAAAGUGGGCAAUGCAUUUGCAGAGAAGGAUACACAGGCCGGAGGUGCGAUUCCUGCGCAGUAGGAUAUUAUGAUUACCCCCAUUGUAACAGAUGCAAUUGUAAUAUUCAUGGUUCAGAAGUGCGUGGUGAUGGCUUAAUACAAUGUGACUAUCGUGGACAAUGUCCUUGUAAGAACCUUGUAACAGGACUAAAAUGCGACCGAUGUCGCCAGCAUACAUUUGGGUUACAUAAAUCCAACGCGGAAGGAUGCACGCGAUGUUUCUGCUUCCAGCGGUCGCAACAAUGCGCCCAAAGCGAUUUAUCAUGGGGAAUGAUCCGAAUGCAAGGAGCAAGGAAUCUAAGUGUCGAAUACAUCCGGCCUGAAUAUGUUCCCAACGAUGAAUAUGAAUAUGUCGUGCUUGUCCAAAUGGAAGGAUCUAUGGUACAUGAGGAAGACGUUGACAUCGAAACAAUGAACAGUUUAAGUCUAAUUCCCAGCUCAACUGGAAACGUGUCUAUUGGAGCUUACACGGCGUUCUAUUAUCCUUUGUAUUUUCAAUUACCACCCCAGUUUUAUGGGGAUCGCACUAAGAGCUAUGGGGGCUUUUUGAGAUUUUCAGUAUUAACAGGCGGGGCUCAAACGCCAAUGGAUAGAAAUAUUCUCCAGCAUUUUCCUUUGGUACAAAUUCAUUCCUACAAUAAGCUAGUGUUGGAUUACUAUCAAGAAGAACCUCGGAAUAUAUCUUUAAAUGACACCUAUGAUGUGCCCCUUCACGAGUCCUUCUGGAGGUUACACUCCUCUAGUGACCAAAGUGUGACACGCGGAAUAAUGAUGGCAGCUUUGCAGCACAUAAGGCAUAUUUUCUUACGUGGAACGACAUGGACUGACUUCACCGAAGUCGUAUUGCAUAGCGUAAGAAUGGACUCCGCAAUCUAUUUGGCCGGAUCAAAAACGAGUUUAGCUUAUGGCGUGGAACAAUGCCUGUGUCCGGAUAAAUAUGACGGUUUAUCCUGUCAGGACCCCAACAGAGGAUACUACAGACAGCGCAAUAGUUCUAGCCCAUAUUUGGAAGACAUUGUUGGUCGAGCAAUUCCUUGCAAAUGCAAUGACCGGAGUGAAGAAUGUGACAAAGAGACUGGAGUUUGCAUUAAUUGUCGUUUACAUUCUGGUGGAGAUCAUUGCGAAAAAUGUGCUGAAGGAUUCUAUGGUGAUCCCAAUAUUGGUGAAUGCAAACCAUGCCCUUGUCCGGAAACAAGCCGAAAUUAUGCUAAAGGAUGUUCUGUGUGGAAGGGGGAAGUACGAUGCCAGUGUAAACCCGGGUAUGCCGGCGCUCUUUGCGAUAUGUGUGCAAAAGGAUAUUUCGGGUUACCAAGCGAACCUGAAGGCCGAUGUGAACCUUGUAACUGCAAUCCAGAUGGCAUUGUUUCAGACGAAUGCGACGAAGAAAAUGGACAAUGUAAUUGCCGAGUUGGUGUUACAGGACGAAAGUGUGAUCGUUGUACUAUGGAGAGGCAUAUUCUCGAGGACCGCCGCUGCAAAUUGUGUGAUAAUUGCUCCCUGACUCUCAUGGAUACCAUAGUGAAUAUAGGAAACCAACUUCGCCGGGGAAUUGCGCACAUCGAUUUAACCCAUAUAAGGGCCCCAUACAGUAAAAUUGAAGACUAUGAAAAGCUAGUAGAUAGCCUCGAUAACCGUUUUGAUGAUUUCGAUUAUGCAAAGGAGUCAUUAGAGGACUUUGAUGUCAAUGGGCUUAAUAGGCUUCUCUCUAAAUCUGAGGAUUUUUAUAUAAAAUCACGAAAGCAGAAUGAUAAUAUCCAAAAGUUGGCAAACAACGCUCAGAAUACUUUAGACUCCGCUGACCAGACGCUACAGGAGGCCCAAGCCUCGUUUAAGGACGUUGAAGAUACAAUAGCUGAUUUAAAUAGCUAUGGCUCGCAUCCUAGCCAUACGAACCUAGAGCGAGCAAUCCAUGAAGCUCAGCCCAUUCUCGACGAAUUGAAAGCUCAUCGAACUAAUCGUGAGAAAUAUGAAGACCAUUGGAAAUGCGCUAACGAACAAUUCAAAUACUUUUCCAAAACGUCAAACGAACUUCAAGACCAGUUAAUUAAAAUGGAAAAACUAUCGCGAGAUAUGAAUCUCUUCAACCAUCGCCUUUCAGAUAUCUUCAUGAAAAAAGAAAACGUACUUGAAGUACUUGCAGAUGCAGACGAUAUAGGAGAACAUAUAACCAACUACAAAAAUUAUAUUAUGGAAGCAUACGGUGUUAUUGAAGAAGAAGAAAAAGAAUUACUGAACUUUUUGAAUAACAGUUUGAUAUCAGACACGAAUACUCUCGCAGGAAUUAUUGAUAAUAGAGUGGGGGAUAUAAAUUCAGAGCUUGAAAACUUAAGGACCUUAACCGGUUUAGUUGAAAAGAAAACCAAUUUAACUGAUGCGAAAUUCAGGACCUUGAAAAAACAUUCGAUUCCGAAAGCUCGAAACCAUGCAGCCAAUCUUAGGAGUAGAGCGAAUGACUACGCUCUCAAAUUUCAAACUACGAAAGAUGGAGCAAAGGUUGCUCUUCUUGCAAGUACGGCACAUCAAAAUAUCUCUAAUGCGAUUAAGGCCGCUCGGGAAGCAGCAGAACAAGCACAAGAGAGCGCGAAAUUAGCACAGAAAAAACUUUAUACACAGCCUUCCGGAGUGUCCAUGGUAGAACGUGGUCAGGAAUCAGCACAGGACUCAGAACUUCUGCGAAAAGAUGCCAUUGAAAAAAUGGAAAAAAUUAACAAACUACAAAAUGAUCUUACGACCAACCGAAACAACGUAGAUGCAAUCAAAUCGACUAUCCGCCGUGCAGGUCUAAAAAACAAUGAUAUUUCACUAGCACUGGAAAACUUGAAUAAUAGUGCCAGAAUGGAUUCACUCAAGAAAGCAGUAGAGAAGGCGGAUGAAAUUUCAAAGAAAAUGCGGGGAGAGUCAAAGAAAGCAUUGGCCCUGCAAAAAGACAUUGGAACUCUGCGAGAAAAAUUCGAAACUCUUGAACCCGAUUGGGAGUCAAAAUUAAGUAUGGCUGCUGAAAAUGUAUCAGAAAUUCAAAGCAAUCUGCUAAAAGCGAAAAAUUCAUUGACGAAAGUUGAAAGUGAAGCCGGCAGGGUUAAUCUUAAUUUUAAAAUGGCAAACGCAUCACUAGCUUCCAAUUUGCAAAAUUUGAGGGAUAAAAUUGCGAAAGCUAAACAUGCAGCGGAAGGGGUGAAAGUAUCUCUGAAUGCGAUUGGUGAACAUUGCAUUCGAUCAUUCGUACUACCAUCCUACGGCCUAACUACAUCAAAUACCCUUAAAGUCACCUUAGCUCUCACAAAGGACAUCAAGGACUCUCCUAUCGUCUUUCUCCAAGGCAAUGGCACAGAAUUCCUGGCUAUUGAGAUGGUCAAAAGACAAAUUCGAUUUGUGUGGAACUUAGGGGGUCGAACCGGGUCCGUCACCCAUCCUUCCAUCUUGGAGGUACUCAGUUCGAAAUAUGAUGAAGCCUGGUACCAAAUUGACGUCAAUCGAACUCUAAACAUCGGGAGUUUGCUAGUGCGCAGAAUGAGUAGCAGUAACAUAUUACGGGAGGAAAAGCCCGCAGUGACCGCAGCAACAAACCAUGAAGAUACUCGCUUUCUGGUAAGCCCAACUGAUCGUGUAUGGAUAGGUGGAAUUCCCGACAAUCUACGACCGAAGGAGCUCCAAGCAAACCCUGGUCUCAAAGUAGUUCUACAUCAAGUGGAAAUCGAUGGUAGUCCGUUGGGAUUAUGGAAUUUCGUUACUGAUGAAACUGGGAACUGCGGUGGAGACACCUAUGGACCUGUAGAGGCAUCACCCACUUCUAAUGUGAGAUAUUUCAAUGGAGAAGGUUACGCUGAACUCAAGAAGUCUCGAAGGCCAUACCGAAAGAAUAGGUUCUCAAUGCAAAUGUCAUUCAAAACUUUCGAUGAGAAUGCGUUACUAUUCUUGGCGGUAGAUAACAAAAAUAAUCGAUCGAUUUCAAUUACCCUCAGCAACGGAAGAAUCGUUUUCAGAAUUGAUUACGGAAAAGGAUCUAGAUUGGAAAUUAAAACGUCGAAAACUUAUAACACUGGGGAAGAAGUACGACUUGAGGCUGCAAGGGAGUUCGUGCCGAAAGGAAUUACAGAGAAUGGUGGUCUGAAAGUGAACGGGGAAGAUUCCUUAAAUGCCUCUCCCACUGCACCGGUUACUUCUGCAAUGUUGCCGGACUUAUCCAAAGGAUCAUAUUACUUAGGAGGCGUUCCACCAGGCUUUCGGUCAGGUAUUACUAAGGCACCUGGAGCCGACAAUCCUUUCAUGGGUUGUAUGCUGGACGUUCAAAUAAACGGUGAAUCCUAUGAUCCCUUGGAAGGAGUAUCAUACUUCGGGGUUGAACAAUCAUGUAAAACUGCUAUCAAAAAGGCCGGAUUUUAUGGCAAAGGAUAUAUUGAAAUGCCUUCACAAUCACUAUAUCGCCGAGCUAACGCCGGUUUCGUAUUCCGAACCCUCCAGCCUGAAUGUUUACUAGUUCUUUCCGCGUAUCCUCCCUCUAUUGAGAGUGAGUACGACGACCUCAAAGGAAACUACUCCAUAAGUUUGGUAGAUGGUAAAGUGCAAGUAUGGCUUCAAACUGGCCGCGAUAGUCUGCAAGCAUCUUCGAAGCAGAUGGUUAACGAUGGCGAGUACCACGUCCUUAAUCUAAUAAAGACUGGCCGCAAAAUUGAGCUCAUGAUUGACGACCAGCGACAAUGGGCUAAGAAUCUUACAGGAAAGAUAAGCAUGCCCGAUGAUGAAGGAGGUCUUUAUUUCGGUGGAGCGCCAACAAUUGAGAGUUAUAAGCCCUUGGCACCUACAUUUAUACCACUUGAAGGGUCAAUUCAGGAUGUUGUGUUCAAUAAUAGAACAAUUUUGUUUAGUGAUGCCCGUGAUUUUAAGAAUGUUGAGAUAGGUCGGAAUGGUCCGGACAUGGGAGUAGGGAUAAGCAACGGAGAUAUUUUGAUGAAAACUGAACCGAUCGGGAAGAGCUUUACCGCAACGCCGGAAGGAUGCCAGAGGGUGGGAAGUUACUCUUACGAACCCAACGCUUUCAAGUUCGGUGACGGACCGUUCAGUCACUCGCAACUUAACAUAACGAUCCGAAACUUCUGGCAGAAGAAUUUCCUUAUAAAAUUCGAUUUCCGCACCUUCUACCCGAACGGGGUAGUUUUCGUAGCUCCCGGUACAAAAGAGAAACAAAAACAUUUCGUCGCGCUACUGCUGAAAGAUGGACAACUUUUAUUGCGAGUUCGCGGUCGAAAGAAGGUUGACUUGCUACUAGCGGCAAAACUGAAUGAUGGAUUCUGGCAUCAAGUUACGAUAUCCUGUCAAGAACGUAAGGUCACAAUGAGUGUGGAGAUCGGCGAUACCGGUCAAAGGACAUCAACUCAAAUGAAGAUUCCGAAGAAGGUAAGCGCUUCAAAUAAUAUGUUUGUGGGCGGCAUCCCGGAAAAUGGAGUAAGCUUGCCGAUAGAGGUGGAAGGAUUCAAAGGAUGCAUCAGAAAGAUGUCAAUUAAUAACUCGACUAAGGAUUUAGCUCGGCCAGGAAAACAUUUCAAUAUCGGGCAAUGUUUUCCGAAUGUUGAGAAGGGGUCGUACUUUCCAGGAGAUGCCUACGCUACCUACAAGAAGAACUUUUAUGUUGGGAAGUACCUCGACCUUAAGAUUGACUUCCGAACAUCCGAACUUAAUGGUAUUUUAUUGAGCGUAUCCGAGCCAAAUGGAUUCCCAGCUUUGUCCCUGGAACUUCAUAAUGGAAAUAUUGUAUUCUCCUGCGACCUGGGCGAUGGUAAUCCAUUCCGAGUGGAAUCUCACUUCCCAUCAAAGUACGCUCUAUGUGACAACAAGUGGCACAACAUAUCGGGACUAUAUGAUUCCGACCAAAUCACUCUCCAUAUUGACAAGCACCCAGCAAUAAUAUCCAUGGCACAGAAUCGCGCUUCCAACAAAGUGCACACAAAAUCACCACUUUAUGUAGGCGGGUUACCAGAUAUCGCCCCAAGUGGAACACUUCUGAGUCGAGAAAAUUUCAAAGGAUGCAUUCGAAACAUUUCGAUACAAGGCAAUGUACGGGACUGGAUAGAAAUGGAUAGUUUACACAACGUUCUGCUUAGCGAAUGCGUAGCUGUAAGUUAAGUGUGAGGAAAGGGUUGUAAAUAGGGGCGAGAAGUAGAUAUACUGCCAUUUAAGCGUAAUUUAGAUGAAAAUUUACUAAUGGAUAGUAGCACAAAGCGCAAGGCUAUAAUAAAUAGUAAUUCACAGAAUUCAAAAUUUAGAUGUUCCUGGAAAGUGCUAGUGAAUCGACAUUAGGGAAUUUCCCAGAGGACUGAAAAACGUUUUUGUCCUUCUACUCAGAGAUUAUUCCAAUGUUGUCCCUGAAGCGAAAAAUAAAGGAAACUCCAAUUUAAUAUAAAACCAUACGCUUGAAACGAAACUAUAUUAUAUUGUACGCAUAUGCUUGCUUUUCGAUCGCGAAAGAUCACAAAAUUGAGGCUCCACUGAGUACCACUGCGAAUAGCUGCCUAUUUUUCACAUCUAACACGCCAAGAGAAUUGCGCUAUUCUUAACGAUUCAAAACAUUUAUAAAAGUUUAUUUCCUAUUGUAUCGGUCCAUCUCUAGAAGAAAACGAACGAGCUAUCUUUUGUGGACUGACGACCUAGUCCAGCCAAAUUUGAAUAGUCUACACCCACACCGAAUGAAAACCGACUCGGGGUUUCUGACGGUAAAGAUUUAUUUACCUACCGCCUAUAGAAGCCCUUCGUAGAAUGGUAACUUAUAUUCGAAGCGAAAUCUUCUUUGUUUCUAGAAAAUAAUCUCUUCACACUAUUUUUAGCUUCAUUUUCACAUUUCUGAAGCAAGUUCGAAUUGAAUAGAAUUUGCAGACUCCAUGAGGCAAACCAAAUGUAUCUAAUCACAAAUAUGUGCGCUAUCAAAUCAACAUUUUCAUUGCUUUCCUAUAAACUAAUUACGUUAAACAACAAUACAAAAAUGUGUUCCAAAUUGUACAGUUUAGAAGAGAAUUAGUGAGAUCCAAAAACUACAAACAAUAUUUAUUUUUUAAUUAUGAUAUUCUAUUUAUGGAUUUAGCGAAUCUAAAUAAUUUUCGAAACUUAUCCUCGUGUAUGCCAUAGAUUUUUUUACUUAUAGAAAUGUAAUCAAACAAUGCAAGGAUUUGUAAAAAAAAUACAAAUAGAUUAAUUGCUUAGGACGAUUAGAAGCGAGGUAGAGGCGCGGAUUUAGCAAAACAUAUUUCUAUGAAAUAUAUAUUUUUAACUACUAUUAUAAACAGUGAAAGUGAAAAGAACUGUAUUUAUAUUUCGAGUAAUUAAUUUAUAAUAAAAUACAAACUGAA